AUGCGACAUGCCCAAUGUAUGGAUGCUGCCGAUAAAGAAACGCAUCAUUCACGCUGUGGUCCCAAGCACGAUAGAGAACCAUGUAAUGAGCAUAUGUGCACGGCAUGGUCGUUCGGUCAGUGGUCAUCAUGUUCGGUAACCUGUGGUGAUGGAAUUCAAACUAGAGAUGCGAUUUGUGUCGAUAGAGAUGGGCGGCAACUAGAUGCUGGGAGGUGCAACUACCGUGAGCGUAUCGUGCAGAAGCCAUGUUCUCGUCCAGCUUGCCCAUCCUGGAAAGUUGGCGAAUGGACUCCGUGCAGUGUUUCCUGCCAAGAUGGUUGGUCUACACGACGGGUAUCAUGUGUCAAUGCCUUUGGUGAAGACGUCCGAUCCGAACUGUGUCUGCCACGAGGAGACCAACCGGCUACACAUCGACAGUGUAACCAAGGCCCUUGUCCAUUCUGGAGGACAACCGACUGGAGUGCGUGUUCGGUCUCAUGUGGAUCGGGUGUGCGACGACGUACGGCUGAGUGUAUCUAUCGUGAACAAGUGGUCGAUCAGUCCUUUUGUGGUGAUGCAAGUCCGCCAAGCAUUCAGCAACCGUGCAAUCUGGUACCCUGUACCUCAUGGGAGGUGUCAGCCUGGGGACCGUGCUCCGUCACAUGUGGAAAUGGUACCCAAACACGGCGUGCUCACUGUGUGUCAGGCCCGAAGAAAGAACCCGUGAAGGACUUUCUAUGUGACAAG